AUAAUUCCUUUUUACUUUCCUUUUGUUCUAUCAUCAUUCCUUUUUGGUUGGUCUUGUUUCCUUUUUUGCACACUCUGCCAACUUUUUUUAUUUUUUGUAUUUGUUUUUGCUUUCACUUUACUAAGUUCUGAGAUUCCUAGGGACAAUACCACCAACCUAUACUGUGUUAAAAGCAAAGCAUCACAACAAAAGAGAAAAAGAGAGAGAGAGAAAGAAACAAACACAAAGAAACAACAUUGUUCACAUAACACAGAGAGAGAUCUAAAAUCAACAUGGGAUGAACUUUGUUUAUAGCUGCUUGUGUUAUUUGGAACAUAAUGGCUUGAUCAGACUAAUUCCUGUGUCAGUGUCAGAUAUUUGUUCCUUCAUUCUUGGAAUUUGAGAGUUUAACUGAUCAGAAGCACCAAGGGACAUUGAUUGUGUGAUUGUGUUGACUGGUUCUGGUUUAAUUUUACUGAUUUUUUCUCGGAUCGAGCUACAUCAGAAUUCUCGGAUCGAGUUACUUUGACAUCAGAAGAGACAGUGUUGGUGUUCUAGGCUGGUGGUAAUGGCUACUCUGACCCAUAGUGAUUCUAAUAAGAAGUAUUCAUGGUGGUGGGACAGUCACAAUAGUCCCAAGAACUCAAAAUGGCUCCAAGAAAACCUCACAGAUAUGGAUGUCAAGGUGAAGCAAAUGAUCAAGCUUAUCGAAGAAGACGCAGAUUCCUUUGCCAGAAGAGCAGAAAUGUAUUACAAGAAGCGUCCAGAGCUUAUGAAAUUGGUUGAAGAGUUUUACCGGGCAUACCGAGCACUGGCUGAGAGAUAUGAUCAUGCAAAUGGAGUAAUACGACAGGCACAUCGUACCAUGGCUGAAGCAUUUCCUAAUCAAGUCCCACCAGUACCAGCAGAUGAUUUACACACCGUUCCAUCCAUGGAGAAUGAGCAGCCGCAUACGCCAUAUAGUACUCGCCAUUCACAUGCAUUUUCUGACUCCGAUGAAUUGCAAAAGGGUUUGAAACAGCUCAAUGAUCUCUUUAUGACAGGAGAAUCAGCAAGUCAUGUAAAUUUUGGAGAAGGGCGUGCUAGAAGGGGGCUCAAUUUUCUUGACACAGAGGAGACUACAGGACUAAAAAAUGUAAGCCAUGAUACUGAGAAUCGUGUCUUAUCUGAUUCCGAGCGGAUGACCAAAACGGAGACAGAAAUUUUGGCAUUAAAGAUAGCCCUUGCUAGAUUGGAAAGUGAAAAGGAAGAUGGCUUGAUUCAGUAUCAACAGAGUCUGGAGAGAUUAUCUAAUCUGGAAUCAGAAAUGUCUCGUGCAAGAGAGAAUUCUCAAGGACUUGAUGACCGAGCGAGCAAAGCUGAAGCUGAAGUUCAAACCUUGAAGGAAACCCUUGCUGAAUUGCACGCUGAAAGAGAAAAUAAUAUUCUUCAGUACCAGCAGUGCUUAGAGAAAAUAUGUGAUCUGGAGAAAAAUAUUUCUUCUGCUCAAAAGGAUAUAGGAGAACUUAACGAACGAGCUACCGGAGCUGAAACUGAAGCCGAGUUCUUAAAGGCAGACCUUGUUAGCUUAGAUGCUCAAAAGGAAGCUGUCCUUUUUCAGUACAACCAAUCCUUGGAGACAUUGUCAAAACUGGAGGAGGAAUUAGUACAAGCCGAGGAGAAUGCAAAGAAAACUAGCGAGCAAGCUAAUAUAGCUAAAAAUGAAAUUGAGGACAUGAAGUUAAAAAUUGUUAAACUUACCAAAGAGAAUGAAGAUGCGGCUCUUCGUUUUCAGCAAUGUUUGGAGAUAAUUUCUAGUUUGGAGCAUAAACUCUCUUGUGCUGAAGAGGAGGUGCGUGAGCUAAAUUGCAAGAUAAAUGAUGGGGCUGAAAAGUUAAAUAUUUCUGAACAAAAGUGUCUUCUCUUGGAAACAUCAAAUCAGACUCUAGAAUCUGAAUUGCAGUCUUUGGUACAGAAGAUGGGGUCUCAAAGUGAAGAACUUAGCGAGAAGCAGAAGGAAUUGGGUAGACUUUGGACUAGCAUACAAGAGGAGAGGUUGCGAUUCAUUGAGGCCGAAACUGCUUUCCAAACUCUUCAGAAUUUGCAUGCUCAAUCUCAGGAAGAACUUAGAUCUCUUGCUUCCGAGCAUCACAAUAAGCUUGAAAUUUUGGAGACAAUGGAAUCACAUAAGCAAGCUUUAGAGGAUGAAGUACACAAGGCCAAGGAGGAAAACAAAAUUCUAAAUGAUCUCAAACUGUCUUCAUCUGUGUCUAUAAAUAAUUUGCAGAGUGAGAUGUUAAACCUGAGGGAAACGAUAAAGAAACUUGAACUGGAGGUUGGACUGCGAGUAGACGAAAGAAAUGCUCUUCAGCAGGAAAUUUACUGUCUUAAAGCGGAGCUUCAUGAUGUCAACAAAAGACACGAAUCCACAAUAGAGGAGGUCAGAUCAACCGGCUUAGACCCACAAUGCUUUUCCUUAUCUGUGAAGACAUUGCAAGAUGAAAACUCAAAGCUGAAGGAAACAUGCGAAGCUGACAAAGGUGAGAACACGGCUCUCAAGAAAAAACUGGAGAUCAUGGAGAAGCUUCUAGAGAAAAAUGCUGCUUUGGAGAAUUCACUUUCAGUUUUGAAUGCUGAGCUGGAGAGUGUCAGAGGAAGGGUAAAGGUGUUGGAAGAAACUUGUGAAUCCUUGCUUGAGGAGAAAUCAACUCUUGCUGCUGAGAAGGCAACCUUGUUUUUUCAGUUGCAAACCACAGCUGAAAAGUUAGAGAAGAUCUCAGAAAAAAACCUCCUUUUAGAAAAUUCACUAUUUGAUGUGAAUGCCGAGCUAGAAGCAUUAAGGGUAAAGUCAAACAUUUCUGAAGAGACUUGCCUUUUGCUUGGCCAUGAAAAAUCUAGUCUCACAUCUGAGAAUGAAACGUUAGAUUCACAAUUGAACAUGACUCGUCAAACACUGAAAAAUCUUGAGAAACAACAUAGUGAAUUGGAACUGCAACAUUUGGAACUAAAAGCAGAAAAGGAGUCUGCACUUCAAAAGGUGGAAGAUCUACUGGUUUCAUUAUACGCUGAGAGGGAAGAGCGUUCCAGAACUGUGCAAUUGAAUGACGGUCACUUGGUUGAGAAGGAAUUUCAAAUUCAUAUUCUACAAGAAGAUGCAAGUUACCAGAAAAAGGAAUACGAAGAGGAACUAGACAGAGCUGUACAUGCUCAAAUGCAAAUUUUCAUCUUGCAGAAAUGUAUUCGGGAUAUGGAGCAAAGUAACCUCUCCCUUCUAGUUGAGAGUCAGAGACUCUUGGAGGCAUCCAAAACGUCUGAUAGAGUGAUGUCGAAAUUGGAGAAUGACAAUGUUCAAAAGCAAGUUGAUGCAAAUUUGUUGUCUGAGAAAAUUAACAUACUAAGGAUUGGGCUGCUUCAGGUGUUAAAAACUCUUGACAUUAACAGCAACCAUUUGUCUAAAGAUAAUGUUGAAGAAGACCAGGAGCUUCUGAACCAUAUACCUGACAAACUUCAAGAAACACAGAAUUCUUUUGUCACAGUUUUUCAUGAAAACCAGCAAGCAGCCAUUGAGAAUUCAGUUCUUGUUUCAUUCCUUGACCAGUUGAAAUUAAAGGCAGAAAAUCUUGUAACAGAAAGAGAAGCUCUUGAUAUGGAAUUGAGGACCAUGUCUAAUCAAUACUUGGCACUGCAAGAAGAGGUCCGUAUGAUGGCAGAGAAGAAUCAAGAAUUGAAGUUGACAAUCAGCAAGGGAGAAGAGAAAAUGGAAGCAAUGACAACUGAAAAAUUGAUGGCACUGAAUGCGCUAAGCAAAGAAAUGGAUAAACUUGUUUCAGUAAAUGUCGACCUUGAAGAGAGAUUGAAAAUAGUGAUAGGAAAAUUAGAAGAUGUGCAGAUGGAAAACAUAUAUCUUAAGGAGUCAUUUGUAGUGUCUAACACUGAACAAAAAUUAAUUGAAUCUGUCAAUGACCAAUUAAAUAGUCAGAUUAGGAAUGGAAAGGAAUUGUUGUCUCAAAAGGAAAGCGAGAUCCUGGGAGCAGCAGAGAUGUAUAGUGCUUUACAGGAUGAGAAAAAAGCAUUACAAAAAUUGGUGGAAGAUCUGAAGAGUAAGUAUGAAGCGGCGAAGGUGAUAAUUGAAGACCGAGCUAGUCAAAUUUUAGAAUUAUCAUCAAACAAUGAUCAUCAAAAUGAGGAGCUUGGAUGCCUUCAUGAAGUGAAUAAGAACUUGGAGGCAGAAAUGAGGCACCUGCAUCAAGAACUUGGAGAAACUAAACUGAGGGAGAAAAAGCUAAGUUUUGCAUUACUCAAGGGAGCGGAUGAUCUUGAACAAUGGGAAUCUCAGGCUGCCACAUUCUAUACUGCAAUGCAGAUUUCUACUGUCAAUGAGACAUUCUUUGAAGGAAAGGUCCGUGAGCUAGCCGAUGCAUGUGAGAAUCUUGAAUACAUAAACAGCUCCAAAGUUAUGGAAAGUGAAAAGCUGGAAGAAAGAGUUAACAAGUUGGAAGCUGAAAACAGGAGAUUACAGAGUCAGAUGGCUUCUUAUGUACCAGCCAUCAGUGUUUUGAAUGAUUGUAUUACAUCCUUGGAGAUGCAGACGCAUGUUCAUGCAAAACCUCAUAGUCACGACUACAAAGAAUCAAAGAUUAAAAAUUUGGCAAAUGUCAAAUACGCUGAUGGUGAUCCACGAAAAAGUGAAGACCGAAAUGCUACAGAAACAGAUGCACUUCCAGACUUCCAAGACAUGCAGAAAAGGGUUAAUGCAAUUGAAAUGGCUGUUAAACAGAUGAAUGAAAAUUUCAAACCUAAGGAUGAAAUGAGAGAGAUUCGAGUAUUGAAAUCUGGAAUCAGCUGGCGCCAAGGAAACGCUCAAACAAGCAAGCAUUAUACUCAAAUGGAUGAAGUAAAGGAGCAUCAAUUUGGAGCUGUUUAUGGACAUAGGACAGGAAAAUCAUUGCAAGAUGUUCCUGUGGCGGAAAUUGAAGUUCUGCCAAAAGACAUCAUGCUUGAUCAUACACAUGGGAGAAGUAGGAGAGGAGCUCGCGGGGGGUCCGAUGAUCAGAUGCUUGAAUUGUGGGAAACUGCUGAUAAGGAUGGCGUUAUUGGCCUGAGAGUUGGCAAGGCACAGAAGGACGCUGCACCUACUGGGUACCACCAAAGGAGACAUAGCAAGGAUUCCAAAAAUAAAUAUCCUUCGAUAGAUUCCUUGAUCGAAAAGGAAUUGAGUGUGGACAAAUUAGAGAUCUCAAGAAGACAGUCGCAAGACUCACAACCACUGCUGAAUGAAGGGAAUAAGAGGAAGGUUUUAGAAAGACUUGAUUCAGAUGCUCAAAAGUUGAUGAACCUCGAAAUCACCGUACAAGAUUUGAUAAACAAGAUGGAAAUUAUUGAGAAGAACACAAUGGGAAAAGGUAUUGAGUAUAAUGCUGUGAAAGGGCAGCUUGAAUCUGCUCAGGAAGCCAUCACAAAGUUGUUUGAUGCCAACCGCAAGUUGAUGACGAAUGUAGAAGAGGGCACACCAUCCUUUUCUGGGAAGUCUGUAACAGUGUCAGAUGAGAGUGGAAGUGUCAACAGAAGGAAAGUUUCAGAACAGGCUCGGAGAGGAUCUGAAAAAAUAGGACGGCUGCAGUUGGAGGUGCAAAGGCUGCAAUUUUUACUUCUAAAAUUGAAUGAUGACAAAGACGGAAAAGGAAAAGGAAAAGCAAUGAUUGAUGAUCAAAAUCCAAGAGUCCUUUUACGAGAUUAUCUCUAUGGUGAGACAAGGACAAGCUACCACAAGAGGAAGAAGAAAACAUCCUUUUGUGGAUGCAUGCAGCCACCCACUAAGGGAGAUUAAAUCGGCAAAGAUUUUUAACAUAGCUUAAAAUACAUGGGACAAAUGAUGCAUUAGCUUUCUCUUUGUAAAUUUGCCUCUCUAAUCUAGACAUGUUUCAAGACCCUGCAUUUAGAUUCUGUUAUACAUGUAGUGUACUCUUCACUUGGUAGACGAGGCUAGGAUGGAAUUUUCACCAUCAUUUUCUUAAAAUUUCCUCCAGCUUAUUUCCUUA